CCAAUAGAAUAGCGCCGUGUGAUGACGUCACUUCCUGACCGGUAGUUUUGCGGGAAGUUUGGUCCUCUCACAGUUCAACGGAGAAGUCAACAAUAACCCACAAAGUCACAUAAGAUGCCUCCUAAAGCCAAGCCUGCAGGGAAAGGCAGAGCUCCGGCUAAGAGGAAGCUGGCAGAAGAGUUCCCCCCCGGAGAGGUCCUCACUGACACAGGGAAGAAGUCCUGGAAGCUGGGGGCUCCUAUCGGCCAGGGAGGCUUUGGGCUCAUAUACUUGGCGGAGGAGAACUCUGCCAAAUCUGUGGGUGUGGACGCUCGAUACGUUAUCAAAGUGGAGCCCAGCGAAAACGGUCCUCUGUUCUCUGAGCUCAAGUUUUACAUGCGAGCUGCUAAACCUGAUCUGAUUCAGAGCUGGAUGAAGACUCACAAACUCAAGUGUCUGGGGGUCCCGAGGUACUGGGGCUCAGGUCUGCACGAGAGAGGGGGGAAAAGGUACAGGUUCAUGGUCAUCGACAGGCUCGGCACAGAUCUACAGAAGAAGUUUGAAGAAAGUGGAAAAAGGUUCCCCAGAAAACUGGUGCUGCAGCUCGGCCUGCGACUGCUGGACACUCUGGAGUACAUCCAUGAACAUGAGUAUGUGCACGCUGACAUUAAGGCAUCAAACCUCAUGCUGAGCCACAGUGAUCCCAACCAGGUGUAUUUAGUCGAUUACGGGCUGGCGUACAGGUUCGCCCCUGACAACGUCCCGAAAGAGUACAAAGAAGACCCAAAGAGGUGUCACGACGGCACCAUCGAGUUCACGAGCAUCGACGCCCACAAAGGAGCGUCUCCUUGCAGGCGCAGUGACCUGGAGAUCCUGAGUUACUGCAUGGUUCAGUGGCUGUGUGGACGUUUGCCCUGGGAGGACAAGCUGGGCGACCCGCUCUACGUCAGAGACUCUAAGCUCAGGAGCAGAGACAACAUCUCUGAAUUCAUGACCAAGUGUUUCUCCUCUCAAGACAAGCCAGAUGAGAUCCAGAGGUUCAUAGAGGAGGUGAAAUCUGUGGGAUAUCUGGACAAACCAGCGUACGAGAAGCUCCGCUCCAUCCUGCAGGCCGGACUGAAAACAAUCCAGGCUAAAGAUGACGGAAAGCUGCAGUUCACUGCCGACAAUGGAGCUGUACCUCCUCCUGCAAAGAAAACCACCAAGAGAAAGAAAGUCCCAGAAGAAGCAGGCGAGAGCGAGACUGAUGGAAGUCCCAUCAAGAAGAAGAGAGCACCAAAGAAAGAAGGUUUGAUUUCUUUUUCUCUUUUUUCUUUUACUCUCAUCAGACAAAACAGAGGCCAUUUUGUUCAUUCACAAUUACAGAACUUAUAGAAGGAUUUACGGUCGUUUUGAACUGUUGUGAAUUUCUCCUGCAGAAAAAAAGAAGAAAAGUCCCACAAAAACUUCCAGAACAAAGAGGGUCCCCAGCACCCAAAACAGGCUGACCCUAAAUCAGAUUGGGGUGGAGAUGGGGACCCAGACGUCACCCGGACUCGCCCUGAGGACGAGAGGGAGACCCAAAAAGACUAGCUCAUAAAGAUCAGCCUGUUUUCUGCACUCCUCCUCUGUAUGUUCUCGCCUUCUUUAAAAAUAAACUUUUAUAUGUUUUCUUUUUCUGUUACACACUGAGAGAUGUUCACGUUUUAUGUAUGAAGUGAGUUCAACACCACAUUUAUUGUAAUAAAGAGGAAAUGAAAUAC